GUGGGCAGGGGGUGGAUUAGGGAACUCGGAGGGCUUUUCCAACCUGAGUGAUUCUAUGGUACUAUAUUUGAGUGCAGGCCUGAUUCCAACUGGAAAUCCACAUGCAUAACUGGGCCCAGAGCUCUGCGUUAGAAGAAGGAACACAGGCACAAACAAGUGGCAUAAAGAGGUGUCUGGAUGUCUGAUUUCAGCGUGAGGGCAGCUCGGAAGCUGUAAGUGGUGCACCUGCCAGGAGAAGGACAGAUGGCCGUGGUGCUCUCACGGCGCACUUUAGAACCAUUUUGCAUAACCCGUGGUCGUUAUUCCCUUUUCUAACUCCAGACCCGGUCUUUACUCAUUCUAACAAUUCAAGGCCAGGAUUUAAAUCUAAUUUUACUUCUUCGCUGUCCGUUUCUUCAGAACAGCGCAGCGAGGACAAGAGGAAAGCAGCCAGCACACACAGGCGGCGGGGAGCAGCUGCCCGAGGGCAGCACCCAGCACCCUGACGGGCGGGACGGGCUCCGGAGCCGCUUCGCAGCGAAGCGGGCCGUGCCCUGCGCGCUAAGUAGGUCAGCGGGGCCGGGAGCGCUGCCCAGGUGCCUGCGUGUCCCCCUCGUUCGCUUCAGGAUUAAACUUUCUCCUCAGCCCCUCGCUAGCCCGGAGAAAUUCAGUUAAAAUACACAGGGAACACCCCCCCCCCACACACACACACACGCUCCAAAGCAGCGCCCGCGGCUCUCCGCCUCGUGCCUGAGGAGGGGCAGGGCGGGGGCCGGGGGAUGGCUCGGGGCAGCGGGCGGAGCGGCGAGCCCGCUGUGAUUUCCAGCGCUGCGGGAGCAGAGCGGAGUGGAGCGGGGCUACCAGCUCUUCAGAACAAGAUGUAUCGUCAAAUCAUUCUGACCACGUCUGUGCUGCUGGAUUUUCUUCAAAUGGCAGCUGCCCUUUGUAUGGUCCAUGAGAUUCAUCCCAGGAGCUUUACAUUACCGUGCCUGCUGCUGAAUGAGACAUCUUUGAGUCCUUCUGCUGCUGGAGUUGCAGAGAGCUGGUCUGGUUUGAGGAGAGAGUAUGGAGCUGCUGAAACCAAGCCUUCCUUGCUAAUGAAUGAGGAAAGUUUUCUGUGUUGCCUUUGGAGUGAUAACAACAUCAGCUGUUCUUUGUACAGAGCAAGCAUGCAAGAAGGGAUGCUAAUCCCUUCAGAAAUAAGCAUCUCUGCAUCUCAGGAAAGAGAUUCAAAUUGGAACAUUGAGUGUUGGAUUAAAGGCAAGCUGGAUCUGUUGGUUUGUAGCGUGCAGUUCCUGAAGUUUUACGUGAGACUUGAUUUGAAGGUUCAUCUUUUAUAUGCUGUGUCAGAGCUGUCACUGGGAGAUAUAGCUACGAGCUCUCUAAAGAGGGCUGCCAUGGCUGCUCAGUGUAACUGCAGUGAGUAUGGCAAAUGGGAGUGCCAUGUGCCUUCCCCAAGACUCAACCACACCUACGUCAUGUGGCUGAAGAUUGUGACUGGUGUAACACCUCUUUGGUCACCCUUGAUGUCAGUCAAGCCCAUAGACAUAGUGAAGCCUGAACCUCCUUUGAACCUACAUCUAGAAAUGACAGAGAAGGGUCAGGUGAAGAUCUGCUGGGCUGAGCCUGAACCGAUGCCAUACCCCCUCCGGUACGAAGUGAACAUCUCUGGAAAUUCAGGACAAAAUGGCUGGCAGGUGGUUCAAGUUGCUUUAAAUACCUCAUUAGACAUAGACAAUACCCUGCUUGAUUCUUCCUCCUUUGCUCAAGUGCGGUGCAAGAAUCAUUAUGGGCCUGGGUUCUGGAGUGAAUGGAGCACACCGUAUAAUCUGAAUUUGGGAGCUGAAGUCCUGUACUCCCCUUCUAAGAUACUGACCAGUGUUGGUUCUAAUGUUUCAUUUCAUUGCAUCUAUAAAAACAAAACCAAGAGCGUAGCGUCCAAGAAGAUUGUUUGGUGGCUGAAUUUAGCAGAAGAAAUCCCAGAAAGUCAGUAUACGCUUGUGAAUGAUCGCGUAAGCAAAGUUACUCUUUUCAACUUGAAAGCAACAAAACCUAGAGGAAGUUUCUUCUAUAACGCAUUGUACUGUUGCCAUCAAAAUAGGGAAUGUCAUCAUAGAUACGCUGAAUUAUAUGUAGUAGAUGUGAAUAUCAAUAUCAAAUGUGAAACUGAUGGGUACUUAACUAAAAUGACUUGCAGAUGGUCUGCAAACCCAGACACAUUGCUCUUGGGGAGUUCCUUGCAGUUCAGAUACCACAGGAGCAAAAUUUAUUGUUCGAACUUUCCAAGCACUCCUCCAGAAUCAGAGGUGAAAGAAUGCCGUUUGCAGAGGAACCAUUCUUACGAGUGCACAUUUCAGCCUGUUUUUCUUUUAUCUGGAUACACCAUGUGGAUCGAGUUUAAGCACUCGCUGGGAACGCUUGAAUCCUCACCGAUUUGUGUUGUUCCAGCAGAUGUGGUGAAGCCACUUCCUCCCUCCAACAUUAAAGCAGAGAUCACCAGAAAGGACGGGCUGCUGAACGUGAGCUGGACGAACCCCCCGUUUACAAAUGAUGAUCUCAAGUUUCAGAUUCGGUAUGCGGUGAGCAGGGAGGAGCUCACAUGGGAGCUGUGUGAAGUACUAAGUGUACCAACGAGAUCAGCUGUGAUAGAAGUUGAGCUUUGUGUUGAAUAUAUUGUUCAGAUCCGCUGCAGAGCGCUGGAUGGUUUAGGUUACUGGAGCAACUGGAGCAGACCAGCCCAUGCAGCUGUAAAAGAUAUCCAAGCUCCCUUACAUGGCCCUGAGUUUUGGAGAGCUAUUACUGAAGAUCCAGCAACGGGGCAGAAGAACGUUACGCUCGUGUGGAAGCCACUGAUGAAGAGUCACUCGUUGUGCAGCGUGAGCCGGUACGUUAUAAAGCAUCAGACGUCAGAAAACACCUCGUGGUCGCAGUAUGUCGACAGGGGCAACACCUGCUCAUUUCCAUGGACCGAGCGCGCACACACCGUUACAAUUUUAGCCGUGAACUCGAUUGGAGCUUCUCCAGUUAAUUUUAAUCUCACUCUAUCACAACAAAUGAGCACGGUGGAUGCUGUGCAGUCUCUCAUCGCUUACCCAGUGAACAGCACUUGUGUGAUUUUGACUUGGACGCUUUCACCUCCACUAUAUGUGAUAACAUCUUUUGUUAUUGAGUGGAGAAACCUUAACAAAGAAGAGGAGAUGAAAUGGGUGCGAGUUCCUCCGAAUGUUAGUAAAUAUUAUAUUUAUGAUCACUUCAUUCUGAUUGAGAAGUACCGCUUCAGCCUGUACCCCGUGUUUGCUGGAGGAGUUGGCAAAUCCAGAGCAACGCAUCAGUUCACCAAAGAUGGAUAUAUGAAUCAGACCAGUUCUAGCCUCUAUGUGGUUCUGCCAAUAGUUAUUUCAACCUCUGUGUUGUUGUUUGGAGCGCUGCUGCUUUCCCACCAAAGAAUGAAGAAGCUGCUCUGGGAGGAUGUUCCAAACCCCAAGAAUUGCUCGUGGGCACAGGGAGUUGAUUUUCAGCAGCCUGAAACUUUUGAGCACCUUUUUGUCAAGCACCCUGAAGCAAUGUCAUUUGAGCCUCUUCUUCUGGAGCCAGAAAUAGUGCUGGAAGACAUCAGCGUGACUAAAGCUUUGAAAACAGAAGACACGCAAGAUCUCUUCAUCGUUGAUUCCACGUUCACAAAAAUUGAAGACUCUGAGCACGACUCCUCCUGUUCUAGCAGCCACUUCAGUGGUCACAGCUUCUCGGAGAGCUCCCCCAGGGACCCGAGCACCGGAGAAACGACCAGUCACUCCAACAUUAAGUAUGCCACUGUGAUCAGUAACUCCGGAUCAGGUGGGCUUUACGAACAGAGGAAUCCCAGAUGUUGUUUUGGUAGCUGCUUCCUAGCUGAAGGCUCCUUGGCUGCCGGUGCUUGCUCGGGUAGCUGCUGGCAGCUGGGCAAUGAGGCCUUCCUCCUGUUGCAUGAGCAGCCUGGCAGCCGGCCCUGCAAGGCCCUUUCCCUUAUCUCUUCAGAGGGAUUUUCAGAGCCUUCAGAUCAGGAGGACGCUUUCACAGACGGAGGUAGUCCUGAGCGAGGUCUCUAUUACCUAGGGAUAACAUCAUUUGAGAAAAGAGAAAAUGACGUUUUUUUGACAGAAGGUUCCAGACUGAUGUGCCAGUUCCAUACAACUGAGCUACUCAGAGGCGUGGGGUUUCUUCAGAAUACGCCUCCUAAUUUAAAUGCAUUUAUCCAGGGUAACGUUAAAGCCAUCGUGCCAUACGUGCCACAGUUUCAGAUGACUGCUGCCAAAGUGCAAGAGACCACAGAGAACAGCUGUUAAGCCCUCACGCCUUAACUUGGUGCUCUUUAUGGCUUUCUAAGUGUAGAUGUGUACCCUGUUUUUCCCUCUCCUAACUUCUUUCAGGAGCUCUCCUAUUUGGAGGUUGGGUAACUGAUCCUAUGUUUGAGUGACAGGAUUUUAGUAGGAAGGAAUUCCACUUCUUGACCUAAUUUUCAAAUGUGGGGCCUUCUUUUAUGUAAUUGAUAUCUAAAUACAUUCAGAGGUUGUCUGUCAGCCAUGCAGACCCAAGCACGCAGACCCAAGCACGCGUUUCUCUCCGUUCAGGAGUAAAGCAUCUCUUGAAACACGCUGGCAAAUUGUUGGGUGAGCUUGCUCUUGUUCCAGGUGUUGGCUGGGGAGCCUGAGACAGAGAGACCUAAUCCACAGCGUUAGCAAGGAGAUUGGUGUGCAGCGUCCUCCUCUUUUGUCUGGGGAGAGAAACUCAAAUGUGUUGCAUCACUGAGGAUGGAUGUGGGGGUGACUGCAACGGGCUGAGCCCAUCUGGAUGUGGUGCAGCUGCCAGCUCGCACUGCCUGGUUAUGGGGCACUGAUGUGCACUGGAAGCACAGGUAGGAAACAAGUGCACCAAGUCCAUUACCCCCCGUUGGUCUCUAUUAAAGUGAAAACACUCAACAGCAGCAGCACCAAAGAGCUGUAAGAGGGGCUGUGAGGUCGCAGGCGUGCGCUGAACGGCCGUCAGAGUAUGAAAGGAGAAGUGGCUGUUCCUGUAGCUGAGGGCUGCAAGAAGAGGAGGAGAAUCAAAAUUCUUGCGGCCCCACAACUGCGGGGCGUUACCUGGCUGACAUGGUGCGCCUGGAAGUGGAAUAACCACAUCACUGGUGUUGCAAGAUUCUAGCAUGAAUAGGAUUGCAGUGGAGCGAGCGUUUCUUCCAAACCCAUUCCAUAAGAACCCACAGCAGAAAUGGCAGUAACUUGAUCCAGAAAUCCUGUACUUCAUCUGCAGCGAGCUCGCCUGUCUGCAUGGAUGUGAGGAAGUCAGGUUGUCCCCAGGAGCCCUGCUCAGCUCAGCCAAAAGGCUUCAGCUUUGGGGGGGUCAGGUCCUGCAUCCCAGUGGAGCCUUGUGGGAUGCGCAGGUAAAGGAACCCGCAAGCCAAAGAUAUUUUUUCUACUUUAUAGCUGGUAGAUAUUUUUGUAUACGUAAUUUUUCAAAGAACUAUUUUGGAAAGCUAUGAAAGACGGAAAUAUUGUGUAUUCCAGAGCUAAAUUCAUGUGAAGCUUAUUUAGGGAAUGGAAAACGAAAGAGCAAGAUUCAGCAACAACAAUAAAAAGAGUAGAAGUGUGGAAAUGCAUUAGUGAUAGGAAAUCCGGUGGAGCAGAAGGGACCGAAGCAAGCACACACGUGCAGGUCAAGGGAAGCUUUGCAGAAAGCCCACGGCACUCCUUCUCAAACAAGCUGCUCACCUGGCUCUCGCUGGGUGCCUCUGUCUCGGACGCUGAACGUGACACAAACCUAACGUACUUGUUGUGCAAAAAAUGCUGUAUUCCUCGCGCUGCUGCUGAAUUUGGGGUAGACGACCCAGAUUCUUGUGCUUGAGCCAUCUGCUCUCGUCCACCUGUGGUGGGAAGGCGCUGGGAUUGCUUGAGAUGUGGUUUUGUUGCUGCUGCUCUGCCUGGAGGAGCAUCUCCCCGCCUGCUGCAGGGCUCACGGCCGGGACGUGAGCAGGGCAGUGCAGCUGGCUGUAGACCAGAAUAAUAAAGGCAUGGUUCAUCACGA